AGUCAUACGUUUGGAAGAUGUACCAAGAACGUUGCUGGGACUUCUUCCCUGCUGGAGACUGUUUCCGAAAGCAAUAUGAAGAUCAACUGUCAUAACGAACAACAGGUCGUUCGCUGGCGUGCGGAUUUGGAUGAGAAAUGAGCCGAAGAGGUUUAGAGGUUUGAGCGGUUUAGCCCAAAACAGAACUGUAAUUACAUAAUCACAGUGUCCACUGUACAAGUGCACACUCACUUUCCACUACAUUAGCUACAACUGCAGAAAACAUCUCCCUUUACAAAAAUAAUACGGUAAUACUCAGGUGUUCAGGAGUUAUGUUUAUAGUUUUCAAUGUAGAACUGCAAUGCAUCAUAUGGAGAGUUGAUUUUCAGUUUUGGUGAACAUAUAGCUACAUAUAGCUGCAACAGUGUGUCUAUGGGGAUAUUUUGUCCAAAUGUUCUAUUGGAAUCAGUGCAGCCCUACACAUUGCAAAUUACAAUGACAGUAAUAAACAUACUGUUAAAUUAAUACCUCUCUGACAGUGCCAAUCUAAACAUAUGAGACACAGACCAGAUGCUUAUGAGAUUGUGCAGUUGUAUCUAAAAUGAAGUGUGUUGAUAGUAAACGCACACAUCCAUAGACACACAACGCACAGAAUCUUUGUGCAACACAACAGUCUGGGCAUGCGUGCUAUUACAACCUCUUCUGGUCCCAAAGCGGGGGAACAUCCCAUCUGAAUGAGGAUUAAGGCUGAGCAUUAAAACUCACAUUGAGCCUCAUGUGCUUUCUACCCAUCGUGUCCUGCUCGCUACAUUUCUCCCAGAGUCAGUCAGUCAGAGCAGUUGUCACCAUGAGCGUCACUGGGAUCCAUCAAGGGACACUCAGGAUGUAUGGUGGAUUUCUUUUCAAACAAUGGAAGAAGAGGUUCCUGCUCCUGACAGCUGAAGGCAGCCUUCUCGUGUGUCACCAUGCUUCCGCUCCACCUGACCAGCUGGUGUUGUUGCAGAGCAGCUGCGAGGCCAUCGUGGAGGGCAAGGAGAUCCUUGACCUGCCAAAGCUGCCUGCCGGUGGGGGUCGAGAUUGCUGCUUUGCGCUCAUCUUGACUCAAAAUAAAUACCUGCUCCUGCUGGCCGACAGCCCUGCAGACUGCAGCCAAUGGCUGAACGUGCUGAAAAAAGUGAAACAGAGCAUCUCGUCACCUCUCAGUCUUUGCAAGCGGCAUCAGGUGCCGCCGCUCAGCAUCGCUCUAAAAGACCUGGUACCCGAUCAAAUCCAGGAUAAAGAUCCACCUACUCCACCAAUCAGCAAUGGAGAGGCGCCUUCUCCUGGGCCUCUGAUUGGCUCCCCAAAGGACAAAGGCAGGAACUCUCCACACACCAAGUAUUACAAAGGAAGUGGACACUCAGUGGGCUGUCUUCGUCACGGCACCAUCAACAACGCUCAGACAGUGAGGGCUGUUUACCUGCUGAUGGGAGGGGCUGCUGCUUCCUCUGCUAUGGGCUACUUGGGCUCGUGCUCGCCCUCCGGCCUGGAUGCCAAAGCUCCUGACCUGCCCCUCAGCGCAGACUUCUCAGAUGUGGGACCGGCAGGGGCAUACCACAGCGACAGCCCCGCCAUCACCUCCCCACACUUUAACAGCUUUGACUUUGAAAUGGCGGACGCUGACUUUAAUGCUUUUGAUUGUGGUGGGUUUACUUUUUAAUAGCUAAAAAAAAAAAUAGCUUGUCCCCUCCUGUCACACCAUGACAACAACCAGUAACCAGUACAGCACGCUUUGUGCACAACUGCGUACACCUUCUAUGUAAUUUACCAUGAUAACAUAAUCAGCACUGUCAGCGAUUGUGAAUGUUGGUAGAAUUACAACAUUAAGGUGUGUUUUUGUAUGUCCACUGACCAUGCAUGGAUUAAUACCACUGACUUAGUUAGAGCUCAACUGCAACCAUAGUGUAUUACAUAUAUAGUAGAUUAGAUUUUUUUAAAUGUUCAUAUUUUGUGUAUAUGUGCAAAUUGUAACUGAUAAUCCGUUACUUUCUGCUCUUCAGCAAACCUAAUGUCAAUAGUCAGAGGCAGUUCCAGAGUCUGUUGGCGCCCUUGGCAAAAAUACACAGGGGACCCCAUUGCAUAGCACCACGGCUGUAGGAGUUCAACGUUUGUCAGGCCCCAACUGGGCUGGGGCCCCUUGCAGUUGCCUGUUUGCAAGUAGCAAAUUUGCUGAACAAAUACAAGAACACCUUUUACUGUAUAGGUGCCUCAAAAAGGGAGCUUAUGAGCUGUAGCUCAUCAGCUGAUUUGGAGAAAUUCAUCAAAGGAUAAAAGAACGAGUGUCCUUAUAAUUCUUCAACUCAGACAUUAUUGCGUAUUUUUUUAAAACACAAAUGACAAUUGACCACAGUAUUUGGAGGUCUGCUUUGUGGUGAUGUAAAAUCAAAUGUAAAUAGAAAGUAAAACAUUCAUCUCUCAUUAUAUUUUGUCAAAUUAACUCAAAAGACUGAAGAGAUGGAGACACCUGCCCUAUCCACACACAAAGACGGGCGCUUUUAUAAGGAAUAAAUAUCUUACAAACAUAAUAAUGCAGUUUCUUUUUUGUGAAUUAUAUUUGUAGUUGUGUGGAACUGGACCGCAUCAUACCGAGUGACUUUCCUAAUGUUUUGUUGUUGUUAUCUUAUACAUUCUCACCUUCUCACCGGGCUCUCUAAACGAGCAGUAAAACAGCUGCAGUACAUCCAGAAUGCUGCUGCUCGAGCCCUGACUAGAACCAGGAAAUAUGACCAUAUUAGUCCAGUACUCAGGUCUCUGCACUUGCUUCCUGUCGCUCAGAGAACAUACUUUAAAACAGCUCUGCUUGUGUACAAGUCUUUUCAUGGCCUUGCGCCAAAGUACAUCUCUGACAUGUUAGAGACACAUAAACCAUCUCGAGCUCUGAAAAGCUCAGGGAGUGGUCGCCUGCAGGUGCCCAGAGUCAGGACUAAACACGGUGAAGCUGCGUUCCAGUUUUAUGCUACCAAAAUCUGGAACAAUCUUCCACAAGAUGUGCGACAAUCGUCAACUUUGGCAAUAUUCAAAUUCAAUCUGAAAACACUUCUAUUCAACUGUGCAUAUGACAACUGAAAGUAUUUUAUCUGCACUCUUCAUUCCUAAUCUUUUUUGUUUUAUGGAAUGAUUUAUGGAAUUUCAUGUAACGAAUUUAGAAUGAUUUUAUGUUUUUAUGGAAUGAUUUUAUCAAGUGAUUUUACCCUUCUUUUCUGUAAAGGACUUUGAAUUAACGUGUGUAUGAAUUGUGCUCUAUAAAUAAACUUGC